AGUUCCUUUUCCAAUUCCAUUGUCAAUAAAUUAAAAGUACUUACCUACUUCUAUGAUAUUAUUUGAUUAAUCUCAAAUCUCUCUGAUGAAAUUAAUAUUUUUAUUUUGAAAAUUAUGUAGUGCCUAAUUUUAGAUUUCUAUAUAAUCCAAAUAAUAAGUAAAUUGUCAAGAUUUUUUCUAAUAAAUAAAAUAAUAUGCCUACUAUUAUCCCCAUGAUACAACCAGAAGAAGAAGAGGAAGCUCCUAAAGUAGAGGUCAAAGUUGAACCUCCAUACGGAACAAUAGAAUGGAUAUACUACUGGAGUGAAUUUGAAGGAGAUCUGCCAACUCCAAUUGACAUAUCCAUAACUGGUUCUAUCCGAUACAAAUGUCCAGAACUGAAAUGGUUCAACUUUGAUGUGUUCCCACAUAAAAUGAAAUUAACCAAUACUGGAUACACAGUACUAUUAGGAUGUAAAUGGAAAGCUGAAAGGCCUUACUUGGAAGGCGGUCCAUUUUUGGAAAAACACAUUUUCUCACAAAUUCACUUCCAUUAGGGAUCAAACAUGAUGGAAGGCAGUGAGCAUUCUGUGGACAAAAGCCAAUAUCCUGGCGAAAUGCAGGCGACUUUUUUCAAAUCGGAGUACAUUACUCAAGACGAAGCCUUUCAACAUGAUGAUGGUGUUGUAAUUAUUUGUUACAUUAUUAAGUACGGAGUAAACCCUGACGAACGUCUAAACUGGGUUAUUGAAGGAUUCUCUCGGAUACAGGAGGCACAAACGCAUACACGCAUAGGACCCUACCCUUUGUCACGUCUGAUGCCAAUGUUCUUCGAGGACUACUUCCUUUAUUGGGGUUCUUUGAAGACAGUGAGAAACGAAAGCUACGUGGUUAGAUGGCUCAUUCCAAGAAUUACUCUAUUUGCUUCAUUAGAUCAGAUAAACGAAUUCCGCAAACUAUGGAAUCCCUGGGACGAGCCGAACUUAGGCAAUUGCAGACCGCUACAAGAAGCAGCCGAUCGCCAUAUUUUCUUUAUUAACCCGCAUUGGAAUCAGUAUAACUCCUUAUUGCCUAUACCGAGAUUACCAGAACCCUCCAUAUCAGUUUUAUCUCCGGCUUAUGAAGAACAUCUUUGGUUACUGCCCCCUCAAAAUGCCUAUAUGCUGCCACCGCCUGAAGAAACUCCGAAUAAAGAAGAAAUCCCUAAAACUGAAGAACGAUAG